GCCGCUCUAGUUAGGCCGCGCAGAGUAAGCGCGGGUGUCGCCGGCCGCACGUCGCCCGGGACUGGUGAGGAGGGCGCGGCAGGGGCAAGGUAGGGGACUCCGCGAGCCAGGCGGCCCUAGCAUCCCCCAAGCGCACAAACCCCGGCGGUACGGGACCGCGACCAGGACGGAGCUCCCCGCUCGCCCCCCGGAGACCGGCAGCGACCGGGAGGCAACGCGGGGCUCCGCCGCUCGACUCGCAGCUCCGCGCACCCGGCGGCCGCGACGCGGGUUCGGGCGCCCGAGUAGCCUCCGAGCCCAUGGCCGGCAGCGACGUGGACAGCGAGGGGCCGACACAGAGGGGCGGCGCGGUGCGGCGUCCGGGGCCCCCCAGCGGGCUGGGAGGAGAGGCGGGCGCCCACUGCCCGGAGCCGCUGUCCACUGCUGAAGCGCCGGCCGAGGGCACCGCGCUGCCCGCCUGGAUGCGCCUCUACUUCUAUGGGAUGCACGGGAUCACCCUGGACGUGCUGGUGUCCUCGGCAUGGCGCUUCGUUCGCAGUCCGGACCUCCGGAUGUUAGGCUUCUCCUCGCCCUACCGCUGUCUCCUGCACUCGCUCACCCACUUCGCCCUGGAGAAGAUCUACCUGCAGCAGCCGCGCUGCCCCAGCGCCUUCGUCUUCAAUUUCUUCCUUUACCCCUCGGCCCACGUGGGGCUGCAGACCCUGGCCAGCCAGGCGCUGCUGCUCAGCCUGGGUGGCGGGCCGGGGGGCGCGGCGGCGCCGGGGGCACUUGACCUGGCGCUGCAGUACGUGCUGGCGCUCUACCACUGCCAAGUGUUCCUGAAGCGCUUCCUGCGCUUGAGAUACCGGCAGCAGCAACAGCAGCGGAGGGGCGCCCUCCCUGCCCCUCCUGGAACCCGCGCCCCUUCGGGAGCGAGUGGCCGGCGGCGUCGACCCCGCGGCCCCAAGGGCGCAGUAGGAGCCCCUAACCAGGGGCUACCAGACCUGCUCCGUUUUCUUUUCUUCGGAAUGCAUGGAUUUUUGGAUGAGAUCUUCUUUACCUUCUUCUUUAAUGUGCUAGGACAUGGGGACGGGGCAACCAAUGGUCACACGUCGUUGUGGUCCUUCUUUAUGUAUGGCAGCUGCAGUUUUGUGGUGGAAAAGCUCUACUUCCACCUCCACUACAGCCGCGGCUGGAGCACCUGGAAGCGGGUGCCCAUCUACGUGAUCUUCAUCUAUGCUUGGGAAUUUUCCUGGGGUCUGGGACUUCGCACGUGUGGGGCUUGUUCCUGGGACUAUUCUCACUACCCGCUCAAUUUUAUGGGUCUCAUCACCCUGAUGUAUUUACCUGGCUGGAUAUUCCUUAGUGUGUACCAGGACCUGCUUUCCAACGUGUUGUGGCGGGUGCAGUAUGUACCAACUAACUAAGACCCCGGGGAAAAUAAGAAAAAAAUAAAGAGAAGAGAAAAAGUCAUUGGAGUCCCACAAAUGGACGCAAAUUAUUUUUACACUUAAAAUGAAGUGGGUUUUUUUUUAGUCCUUUAAUUUUUAUAUACUUUACUAAACGUUUCCAAUAGAUUUUAUUCGACGUCUUAGCUUUUCUGACUACUUAGAACCUAUGUAAAAUACAAUACUUUGAAAAACUCAAAAAUAAAGUACUUAACUCAUUGAUAUUUUAAACCUUUACAAGCCCAAACAGCAAAACCAUUAUACCUUAACAUCGGAAAGCUGUAAUACUCGGCUGGAUGUAGAUGGGUGAUAGCUGUUAAUUUUUCUUUUAUAAUAUGGAAGUUCAAACCAGAGAACAAUGAUUUUUACGGAAUUUUAAAAAAAAUCUGAUUUAAUGGUUUGUUUACUUGCUUUCUAAUCCAAUUUCAUUUUCACUCUUUACCAUAUUUACCAAUGAGGGUGGAAACUACAAGUCUGAUACUUCCGAAGUUGCAGUUGGUAGCUCUUUAAAGUGCCUCUGUCUUGCACACAUAAAAAGAAUUUGACAAAUGUGAAAAAAAAGAAUACUAUGAAUAUAUUUUGAAAUAAGAAAUCUUUUCUAGUAACUCAAACAGGUGACAUUGUGUUAGGAUAUUUGAUCACAUCCUACAAAUGACUGUUUUCCAAUGUUUGUUAGCCUUAAUUACCAAGCGUAUCAAUGUUGAUUAGAUCCUGUAUUAUCUGUGGCUGUAUUUUUGUUACUGUGCAAUAAUGUAAAUUGUUUACCCUGUAUGUCCAAGGGCCAAGUAAAGUUAACACUACCCAAGCUUCAAGCAUAGAAACACAGUAUCUUGAAAUAAAAUGAACCUGAAUGUUCACUCUAAUAACAGUAGGCCUAAUUGUUUUCUAUGAUUAUAAAUAGGUGUUUUCAGCGUAUUUCUGUCCUGGUUCACUUGUAAACCUUUCUUUUUUCUUAUGGGCCCAGAGUUCUGGGUUAGGCCUGAUGUGGUAAUGUACUUUAUAAAUCAAUGAUAGCUCUUUAGUGAUUUGUUAAUGUCUGAAAAGUUCAAAGUUAAAUGAGAUGAUGGAAAUUGUUUUAAGAAAUCAUGUCUAAUUAAUUAAUCAUGCACUUUGAGGUUAUUUAUUGUUUUUCUAAUAUUUAGAAAAUGCAAAUAUAUAGGGUAUAGCUUAGCUAAGGAUGACUAGUACUUUUCCAGUUUUCAUUACAAAGAUAAUUUUUAAAACUUACAGUGUGUAGUCAUGCACGCACCAAUGCUGUAAAAAGAGAUGUUUUUCUGUUUUUGAAAAUGUUUGCUAUAGGAAUAGAAAAGAAUAUGUACUUAGAUCUGGCUAAGUCAGAUCUAGUUCUAAGAGUGUUUUAUUAUUUCAAUUCACUCUCUGAGAUUGUGACCUAAAACAUAAGUAAUGCUAUGUUAUCAACCCUACUAGUGAAAGGGAUUGUGUCAAACUGAUUAUUUUAAACAGUCAAAGCUGAGUAGAAACUUCAAAGAAAGCUAACUGCUGAGAAGGUUUCACUUAAGUUCUCUAUGACACUUGGUCAGAAGUCAAAGAUUUCCGAAAAUUUGGGGAGAAAAAUGUGUAAGCAUAGAUAGACACUAAAGUUAUGCAGAUAAAAUAUUUGAUAUACAAAUGUGACAAGAGCACAUGAAUCUAAGAGUGGUAUCUCCACACCACACCUUUCCUGUAAUGCUCAACCAAAUCCAUGACAUCUGAAAUAUUUGCUAACUGUACACAUUUGCACGUAUGCCCUUUGCAUACUGCUCUUCAGCCCUGCUUACCUGCCUACCAGCAUUCCCAAGGAUAGAAAUCUGUCAAGAAAUAGGAAAGCAUUCCAUUUUGUUUUGUUUUCCAUAUUAAUCCUGUUAAAAGGAAAGGUCAGGGAUUACAUUUGCUCAAUUCAUUCAAGAAAUACUCAAUGAACUUCCAUUAUUUUCUAGGCAAUUUUAUGGACUCUGGAUACUUCAGUGAACUCACAAAAAUCUCUGUCCUUGCAAAGCCUACAUUCUGUUUUUUUUUUAAUUUAUAUGAGAUUAUGCUUAUUUGCUGUUUUAGUAAUAGAUAAUGAUGAGGCAGUGGUUAUGAGGGCUCUCAUCAGUUCUGUCCCUGGAAUAUUAAUCUAUCAUGUCUAAAACAAAAGCCCAUUAACAGUCUGCUGGUUCUACAAAGAGCCAGUAUGCAUUCAGGAAGUUAUUAGCCUAUUAACUCAGCACCUUGCUUUAGGGCUUCUCAUUCUUGUUUACUUAACUUCUUAAUGGUGAUAUUUUGCUGCACCCUUUAAACCUUUAAGGAAAAAGUAGAGAAAAGAAGGAAACAUCAAAUCAUUUAAUUUUGUUACUCUUUAAUAGAUCAGAAAGAGAAAUAAGGCAAUGUAAUGAUAGUUAAUAUUUAAGUAGCAUUGACCACAUGCCAAGAACUGUUUUAAGUGUGUAUGUGUGUAUAUGUAUGUAUACAUAUAUCUAAGUAAGUGAAUAUACAUUCAUAUGUAUCAAAAGCAAAUGUCUAAUGUGUACAUACAUAUCUUACAUGUUUAAAAUAUAUAUAUUUAUAUGUGUGUAUACAUUUUCUUAACCUAUAACAACCCUCUUUAUACAGAUGAAAACAACAAAACUAAAGCCCGAAUAGAUUAAUCACCCAAGCAUACAGCUAUGGGGCAUUUAGAUUUGAAUGGCACUGCAGGGUCUGUUCUAACAGCUACACAAUCACACCUCAGUAAACCAGCCACAGUGAUUUAGGAACUUCUCUGAAUUUCAUACCAUACCUGUAUAGCUCAUGCAAGAGUAACUAUAUAAAACCAGACGCCAUUAGCAAAAGAUGCAUUCAUAUUAUCUUUUUAUUCCAUGGUCAACUAAAAGGGAGCUGAUAGCAGGAUCAAGGCUGACAGUCAGUCUCAUCCUACUCCUCAGAUGAUAUGCCUUUAUAUUUAAGCAGAGUUCUUGUUUAAUGUCAGAUAAUUUUAAUUAUAAGAAUUACAUGCUGGGGGCUGGAGUUGUGGCUCAGCGGUAAAUUGUUCACCUAGCACGUGGGAGGCCCUGGGUUCAAUCCUCAGCACCACAUAAAAAUAAAUCCUCAGUUCAAUCCUCAGCACCACAUAAAAAUAAACAAAUAAAAGAACAAAGGUUAAAAAAAGAAUAACAUGCUAAAAUGCAAGGUACCUUGUAGCACAAACUAUUAAAAAUUCAUGUAAUUAUUGCUAUACAUCACAAACUUAGGACUUUUGAGUAUCGUUGUACAAACUAAAUAGCCAAAAAUUAUAGGUAACAUUUUUACAAUGACAUUUAUUCUAAUUUCUACUAAAGCCUUAAAAAGUUCUUAAUCGAAAAACAUGGAAAAAGCAACAAAUGUAAUUUUUCUAUCCAUGUUUAACAUAUAUGAUGCUGUUUUAAAUUUUAAAUCAAUUUUAUUGAUUUCUCUGACUCUAAAGAGGAAUGUAACCUUUUAAAUUUUUAUGUUAGGGACUGGGUUUGUGGCUCAGUGGUAGAGCACUUGCCUAGCAUGUGUGAGGCACUAGGUUCGAUUCUCAGCACCACAUAUAAAUAAGUGAAUAAAAUAAAGAUCUAUCAACAUCUGAAAGAAUUUUUUUUAAUUUUUAUAACAAUAAAUACAGAAGUUCCUGUGUCCAACAAAGACCCUGAUAAUAUUAAUAAUCCAUUUCAAUGUUUCACACUUUUCUAGAAUUCAGUGUAUUUAACUAUGACUAUUUUACCAUAAAUACUUGAUCUUUCAUGCUUCAACUUAGAAAAACAUAUAGUUUGGAAAAAUUAUUUGUCUUUUGUUAUUUAAGAAAUGUCUUUAGUUGACUAAUCCUACCUUUGCAAUUAAAAAAAAAAAGUAUUUCUACUGCUUUGAAACAGUCUCCGUUAGCAGGAUGGACCUAGUGC